AUGCCUCCAAAAUGUACUAAAGGUAAAAUAACGAUACCAAAACCCGCUCGCGGGUCUGGUCUGAAUCCUUCGCACUUCCCUGCAAAUACCCAGAUGGAUCUCAGCGACGAACAACCAGAGGAGCCAGCAUCAAAUGCUUUCAAUCUGCAUUCAUACUACAGUAACUAUACCAAUCCGUCAUUCAGUACACAUUCCGGUUUUGCGCCCUUCAACUACAAUGAUGACACUCAUGCUGGCCCAUCGUCAAGUGCUCAAGAUGAUCCAUCAUCAAGCGCCGGUCUUGCUACAGUAACUAUACCGAUCCGUCCUUCAGUGCACAUUCCUGAUCAUGCGCCCUUCAACUACAAUGAUGACGCUCGCACUGGCCCAUCAUCAAGCGCCGGUCUUGGUUCAUCAUCAAGCACUAACUUGCACUACAGUAACUAUACCAAUCCAUCCUUCAGUACACAUUCUGGUCAUGCACCCUUCAACUACAACAACAAUGCUCAGUCUGGCCCAUCAUCAAGCACUGGUCUUGGUCCAUCAUCAAGCGCUAACUUGCACUACAGUAAUUAUACUGAUACAUAUUUCGGGAUGCAUUCCGGUCAUACACCCUUCAACUACGAUGACAACGCUCACGCUGGCCCAUUGUCAAGCGCCAACUAUUCACUGCCUAACUAUCAUCCAGACGAGCUUUCAGCACUUGAUGAUAUGUCAGGUAUUGUGCCCAAUCCGCAUCACAUCCAAGUACCGUACUCGUCCACUGAAGCUGAACCAUCUCUGGGACCUCAGCACAAUCCUCCCCCCAUUACAAUGGGGGAGAUACCGGUCUCACAAGUCAUCCAUACUACGGGACCUGCACGAUCAUCUGAUAGACAGCGACGUGCUCGAAAGUUGCCCGGAACCCUGUAUCUCACUCAUCAAGACUCUGAUGUACAGGCCAACAUUGCCGUGACAACAGAGGCGAAUGUUACUGUGGUGCAAGCAACCUCAGGGGCCCCAGAUGACAAUCGUCACUUCAUGGUCACGGGAGCCAUCCGUGACCAAAUAUUUCAGUGUGCAAAAGAACUUGCAAUGGGGGUUAUAUUCACAAAAGAUGCAAUGGCCACAUCAACUGAUGACAAAAACCUUAUCGUCAAGAGUCUCCUUCGACAAGCAACACCGAAAUUUCCAGGGCUUUCUGGAACACCACGCUGGAGCAAUCAAAGUAAGGACAUUACGAAGAUAUGGCGCAAAGUCAUUGUUGAUGGGAUGCUCACAAUUCACGCAAAGUUCAAGAAUCCAUUUAUCCUCUUCCUCAUCACCAAACUCAUCUGGAAUACCCGUUUCCUAUUGGACAACUUGCUCACCUCACCGCAUGAACAGUUACGCUACAUGAUGGGAUUAGCUGGCACAUUCACGAAAUGCGCGCUGAUGGAACAGGGACGUGAGGUGCUCAGCGCCACACAGAUGGACGAUCUCAGCAUCAAGGAGCAGGCUGACUUGGACAAGUGGAUAGAUCACAUAGUGGUUUGUGGUGUUUCUCAACAGCAUAUCAAGGUUGAACUCUCUGAUUUCAACUUGGACUUGGACUGA